GAGCCGCCGGCCCCGCCCCGGGGUGCGUCCGCUCUCUUCGCUGAGCUUCGCUCCCCGCUCGCAGACACGAGCCGGCUGCCAGAUGGCGGACCCCGAGCUGCAGCUGGUGGCGCGGCGCAUCCGCAGCUUCCCGGACUUCCCCGUCCCGGGGGUGAUGUUCAGGGACAUCUCGCCCCUCCUGAAGGACCCCGACUCCUUCCGCGCCUCCAUUAGCCUCCUGGCGAACCACCUGAGAAAGACCCACGGUGGCAAGAUCGACUACGUCGUGGGCCUGGACUCCCGAGGCUUUCUGUUCGGCCCCUCCUUGGCCCAGGAGCUUGGCUUGGGCUGCGUGCUCAUCCGAAAACGAGGGAAGCUCCCUGGCCCCACCGUGUCUGCCUCCUACACGCUGGAGUAUGGCAAGGCUGAGCUGGAAAUCCAGAGAGAUGCCCUGGAGCCAGGACAGAAGGUGGUUGUCGUGGACGAUUUGCUGGCCACUGGCGGAACCAUGCGGGCGGCGUGUGAGCUGCUGGGCCAGCUGCAGGCCGAGGUGCUGGAGUGCGUGAGCCUCGUGGAGCUGACAUCUCUGAAGGGCCGGGAGAAGCUGGCACCCGUGCCCUUUUUCUCUCUCCUGCAAUUUGAGUGAUUCUGGCCCGGUCUUGGCAGGAGUUCCAGACCAGUGGCUGGCUGCUGGCCGCCAGGGGGCGCUGGCCAUCUGCCUGGACUUUUUUUUUUUUUGGUAACAGUUUUGUGCCUUUCUCCAGUGCCUAGGCCACUGUCUUGGGGUCCGUCCUGUGGGCUCUGGAGGUGCCAAGGCCUGGAGCUAGCAGUUCAAGCCGGGGCCCAGCUCCAGGCCCCGGCAGGUGCACUUACACUGAGAGGAGCGAAUAAACUGCUUUGCUAGAACG